CGUUUGCACCGAGCCCGCCAGGGGGCGUCUCGGCGCGCGGUCCCCGCGCAUGCGCGCAGCGCCGGCGGAAGCGACGGGACCGGCAGCGCUGGCGGCGGAGCAGCAGCAGCAGCAGCGGGGGAGCGGCGGCGGCGCCCGGGUGGGGCUGUGCCUGCUGUGCGGGCUGCCCGCCGCCGGCAAGUCCACGCUGGGCCGCGCCCUGAGCCGCCGGCUGCCGCAGCGGCGCGGCUGGGCCUGCGCGCUGCUCGCCUACGACGAGCUCAUCCCGCCCGAGGCCUUCCGCCCGCGCGCGCCGGGGGCGGGCCCGCAGGAGCCGUCCCCAUUGCUGCCCGGCUGGAAGCGGAGCCGCCGCCAGCUGCUGCAGUGCCUGGAGGGGUUCCUGCGGGCGUUCCUCGCCGGGGCGGCGCUGCCCGGGCCCGCGCAGCCCGGCUGGCCGCGCUUCCUGCGCUGCCUCCGCCGGCAGCGGCUGCUGCCCGCCGCCGAGGGCGGCACCGGGGCCGCCUCCCCGCCGCUCGUCCUCCUGCUGGAUGACAACUUCUACUACCAGAGCAUGCGCUACGAGCUGUACCAGCUGGCCCGCAAAUAUUCCUUGGGCUUCUGCCAGUUGUUUUUAGAGUGUCCAGUGGAAUGCUGCCUGCAGAGGAAUCGCCUCAGGAGUGAUCCUGUGCCUGAGCACACCAUACAGUUAAUGGCAAGGAAAAUAGAAAUGCCAGAUCCCAGGAAGAACCCCUGGGAGCAGCACAGCCUCAUUCUGAGCAGCUCUGAUGGCAUCUCAGAGGAUGAUGAGCAGAUCAUGAACUUGCUGGCCACUGCUUUGACAAAUCCAGAGAGGCCAAACGAGGAGGACACGGAGCAGAAGGAGGCAGCUCGAGCCCUCUGUGCAGCCAGUGCUGUCCACCAGGCUGACCAGGCGUGCAGGAGGAUCAUCUCUGAGGCCAUGCAGGAUGCCAAAGGUAAAAACGUUCUCCCAAGUGAGAUGAAGAGCCUGGCAGAAGAACUCAACAAACUGAAAGGAGCAUUUUUGGAUGACUUGAGGCAAGGAAAGACUUUGAAAACCCAAUAUUCUGACCCUGCUACAAGUGUUAUUUCUUCAUUCCAACAUGAGGCAACCAAUGUGAUAAAUAAAUAUAUUUUAAAAUAAUAA